AACAAAAUCUAGAGAGAGAGAGAGAGAGAGAGUGUGUGUGUGUGUGUGUGUGAGGUAGAGCGAGAAGAUGUUUGCAGCAGAGAAUGGCCUGAAAGGAGACCCAAGGCUUCAGGACAUUACUAAAGCCAUUAGAGUCAUUCCCAACUUUCCUAAACAAGGCAUAAUGUUCCAAGAUAUCACCACUUUGCUGUUGAAUCCCAAGGUCUUCAAAGACACUGUUGAAAUAUUUGUUGAUAGAUACAAAGAUAUGGGCAUAUCAGUUGUUGCUGGAGUUGAGGCUAGAGGGUUCAUGUUCGGUCCACCUAUUGCCCUAGCAAUCGGUGCCAAGUUUGUUCCGUUACGUAAGCCAGGAAAAUUGCCAGGUGAAGUGAUCUCGGAGGCCUAUGAACUAGAGUAUGGUCGGGAUUGCUUAGAGAUGCACGUGGGUGCUGUGGAGAAGGGGGACCGGGUAGUGGUAAUCGACGAUUUGAUAGCUACAGGAGGGACUCUCUCGGCUGCCAUAAACCUUCUAGAACGGAUGGGAGCUGAAGUGGUUGAAUGCGGUUGUGUUAUUGGAUUGCCGGAAGUUGAGGGACAAAACAGGCUAAAAGGGAGGCCAGUUUAUAUGCUUGUCGAACCCCGGGAAUUAGAUGACUCUGAUCUUUUUGAAAUUUCGAGGUACAAAAUUGAACCGAGAACAGGAUAUGGAAAUUGACAUGCUGGAGUCUAUCAAGAAGAGAUGAUGAUGGGAAAAAAAGCUUCCAAAUCUUUCACAUCAACUAAUAAAAUAGGAUAGAGGGAUUCUAUACCAUCUUCUAGUGUCUAUUCAGUUUCAUUAUUAGCUUCUUUUGUUCAUUGCUUGAUCAUUUUAUUUUUAUUUUUCUAAGAGAAAUUUGUGCUGAGAUGAACAGUGAGGAUAUCUUGAAGCAUAUUUCUCAUAUGAUCUUCAGGCCCCAUGUCUCCUCCAUUCAAUUUCCAAUAAUGCAUGUCCCUUCAAUGCCUUACUA